AUGGGCCUUUUCUCAGGACCUCUCCUUUUGAUUGUUUAUUCGUUCGAUGCUGCCUCCCGCGCUAAUCCCAAGUCUCCGAGCACUUCAGCUUCGUUUCCCUUUCGACGCUACCUUUUGACGCGUCUACUUGUCCCCUUGCGUGUUGUUGCUGAUUCACAUCAAAUCGCGUACUUUCGAGCAUUGUCAUCGUCUUCCUACGUUUCUCGGCUCGACCAAGUCACCCUACACCGUAUCGAGUACUUGAUAAACGAGUUACACCUUGACUUGCCCCUGACAGAGACUUUCUACGCUUGUCAGGCGGCUUUGCUGCAUCCGGACAAUACCAGCACUGGGCAGCAACACACUAGGCAGACGCCUUACCAGAACCUGAGCGCCGAAGAUACCAUUUGCCCAGGGACUGGUACCUGGAAGAACCCUGAAACCGGUGUGCUUGUCGGUGGGCUCCUGAAUGUGGCCUUAUGGUUUCAGUCUUUAAAGCUUGGACUAUCUCUCUCGUCUAGGUACUGGCAGACAAGAGCCUCUACAGGAAAGAGCGUGGCCCAUGUGGGCUUCGGGGUCUUAAUACUUCUUGAGAUUAAGCUUUUACUUGGUCUUGGAGCUGUGGCUGACUUAUUAUAUCGGUCUGCUCGGGGCGGAAGAGACCGCCGAGCCCACGAUAGUACUAUAGCCUCCGAACCGGGAUACUUGGUCAAAAGUACGAAGUAUUUAGACAACUACACAAGACACCCAACAGCCCCCUGCGAGUAUAAGCUACGCGGAUCUAUACGGGCAACGACCCCACUGUGUCAAGGCCGCGAAGGCAAGAGAUACCAGAAUGAAGACUUUGACGCAAGUGUACACAGUGCACAAGGGCCCUUGACGGUUUCCGACGUCGUCUCCAUACUCAAAACCGUCGGAAUCGUCUGCUGCGAGAUCCCCGCAGUCAUCUGCCUCUUCAUUCCGGCGUUCGAAACCGGGAUGUCAGGACGGCGAUGUGGUGGUCUUGGCCAUCGUCCCCUACUUUACAUGUCUCUGAUACAUAUUCAUCUAAGGAUCACCGUCUAUCUCUUCAGACCGGGUCCCGCUACCACACGACUCAUAACCCCGAUGACAGGCUGCCCGUCCGGAUGCUCAUCCGCCGGGCAGCGGGGGACAAGACCCCUUUGCAUCUCUAUUCAUAGCCCGCAUACUUAUCUCGACAUCGAAAUAUCGUUUCGACUCGACCCAGUUGAUGGGACCCCUGGGACUGUUAUCGGCACCACUGCCGCAACCGCAAAUGCUGCUAAUGCUGCUACUGCUGCUGUCGCUCAUAGGGCACAAGAGUACUAA